AUGAUUUUCCUUCCAGCUUGCUGUAAAAUCCUUCAACAACGUCUUCGGACGUCGUUUGGAAGCAGUACGCGAACACCGACGCCGACAACGCCUGCGCCACCUGAUAAACGGGACUACCAGGAUUCCCGGUAUAUGCAGAACGUGCUAUACGGUGGAGUUCCUGCUCAGAAGAACGCUUACCACCAACGCUCGAUCUCUUCGGCUCCGUUGGCGGAGCAGUUUAUGAGCAGCGCCUCGCGUAAGAGUCACGUGCAUCAGCGAGAAGCCGUCGGACCCGUUAGCGCUCAACGCGGUGGAGAUCGUGCGAUGUCUGCUUUUGUGAUUCCACCGGGCUUGUCAGCCCAGCAGCAGUUUGGUAGUCGCGCAAGUCAGCUCGAUUAUCGAGGUGUUUCGCCAUCGAACAGCCAGAAGAGUAUGAGUAAUGUUGUUGAGCAUCCCAUGUCAAAAGGUUCUAGUGCGGUUUAG